AACACAGUCAAUUGUCACACUGAACGGUAAAGUGAAUUAUAAUUAUUUAUAAUAUUUAUGUUAUAGUGAACUACCCAACGCUGAAGUUCAUCUACUGUAAACCGCAGAGUUAUUAUAUGUUGAUGACUAGAGCUUGCUCAUUGCUAAAUUAAACAAAAAUUAAAUUGACUCUUGCAGUUGCCGCAGUUAACUUUCAUCUCGUAUUUAAAACGUUUCAUGAUUAUGCUUAAUUCCAAAAUUAAUUUGAUAACAAAGAAAACAAAUAUUGCAAGUUCUUUUAUUGUUUUCAGAUCCUUAACACAAAAUUAUGUAAAAGAGACCGUAAAUACUCACGAAGUAGAACAUCAUUCUAAUAUGAAAGACUAUUGGUGGGAUAGUAAAGGACCACUGAAUGCAUUACACUCUUUUAAUCCAUUGAGAGUAUCAUUUUUAAUAAAUGGAUUAACAAAUAUGAAAAAAAUUGAAACCAAAAAUAUUGGAACUCGUCAGAGUCUAGAAAAUAUAAAAAUACUGGAUGUUGGUUGUGGUGGUGGAGUCUUAACUGAGGCAUUAGCACGUCUUGGCGGUAAUGUAACCGGAAUCGAUCCCAGUAAGGAACUAAUAACUAUUGCCAAUGACCAUUCUGUGAUUCUUAGAAACAAAAAUAUCAAAUAUUUCAAUGAAUCAAUUGAAGAGCAUGUAUUAUCAAACACAGAAUCAUAUGAUGCAAUUAUAACUUCAGAAGUUUUGGAACAUGUAUCCAAUAAAUAUGGCUUUUUAACAAACUGUAUUGAUUGUUUAAAGCCUGGAGGAUCUGUUUUUAUAACGACCCCAAAUAGAACAAUUUGUUCAUGGUUAACUGUAAAAGUGGUAGGAGAAACAUUUGAUUUUAUACCUAAAGGUACACACGAAUGGGAAAAAUUUAUAUGUCCUCAUGAAUUGCAGUCAAUUUUAGAAAUUAAUUGUAAAUGUGAUACUAUUUCAAUAAAUGGACUAUCAUACAAUCCUUUCACAAACCAAUGGAGUUGGACUGACUCAACUGACAUAUCUUAUGCCAUACACGCAGUGAAAAGCACAUAGCUAAUAGCUACCACCUACUAUUAACUGUUAUUUUGUAUUAGCUAUUAUAUUAUAAUAUGAUAUAUUAAUAUUUAUAUAAAUUUAUUUGUUAUAA